UUCUCCCAUCACUAAUCAUAUCGCGAGUGACAGAAGCGGACAGAGAGCAGGGCAGACAGACCGCGCGUGCAUCAUCAGUGUGUGAGUGUGUGUGUGUUGCGUGUGUGCAGCUGGUGAGGGAGGAGGGAGGAGUGUAUCCUUGCAGGAGCUUUUCCCUGUUGUAGUAACCGACUACGAGCCAUUACUCACUGCAGCAGCAAUCACCCUCUCGGCAUUAGUGAGCCAGACACACCAACCUGUCUGUCCCCUCCUCUUUCUCUCUCUCUCUCUCCCUCUCUCCAUCUCUCUCUCUCUCUCUCUCUCUCUCUCUCCCUCUCUGCAUAAUCAGCAGAGCUGUGUCCUCUCCUCUUCAUCACUCUGCCACUCCUGCGGCACUGCUCUCUGCUUGAAGGGGACACUGGCCUGCUCCUCACCCACUGAUUCUGCAUGACUGUCACAAAGAUGUCAUGGCGUCCGACCUACCGAAGCUCCAAGUUUCGAAAUGUCUACGGGAAGGUCACCAACCGGGAGCACUGCUUCGACGGUGUCCCCAUCACCAAGAACGUCCAUGACAACCACUUCUGUGCCGUCAACUCCAAGUUCGUCGCGGUGGUCACGGAGAGUUCGGGCGGAGGCUCUUUCAUCGUCAUACCUGUGGUUCAGGCCGGCCGCCUGGACUCUCACUACCCAAAAGUGUGUGGUCAUCAAGGCAACGUGCUGGACAUCAAAUGGAAUCCGUUCUUUGAAAACGUCAUCGCGUCUUGCUCCGAGGACACGUCGGUGCGGGUAUGGGAGAUCCCAGAGGGCGGUCUGAGGCGCAACAUGAAUGAGGCCGUGCUGGAGCUGUACGGUCACAGCAGACGUGUGGGUCUGAUCGAGUGGCAUCCCACCAGCAGCGGCAUCCUCUUCAGCGCCGGCUACGACUACAAGAUCCUGAUCUGGAACCUGGAGAUCGGAGAGCCGGUGAAAAUGAUCGACUGUCACCACGACGUGAUCCUCAGCAUGUCCUUCAACACGGACGGCAGCCUGCUGGCCACCAGCUGCAAGGACAAGACGCUGCGAGUCAUCGAGCCGCGCUCCGGCAGAGUCCUGCAGCAAGCCAGCUGUAAGAACCACCGUGUAAACCGAGUGGUUUUCCUGGGCAACAUGAAGCGGCUGCUCACCACGGGGGUUUCUCGCUGGAACACCCGGCAGAUCGCUCUGUGGGAUCAGGAGGAUUUGUCGAUGCCAAUUGCGGAGGAGGACAUAGACGGCCUCUCAGGGCUGUUGUUUCCCUUCUACGACGCUGACACACACAUGCUGUACCUGGCAGGAAAGGGCGACGGUAACAUCCGUUACUUUGAGAUCACCACGGAGAAGCCCUACUUGCAGUAUCUAAUGGAGUUCAGGUCCCCGGCUCCACAGAAAGGACUGGGCGUGAUGCCGAAGCACGGGCUGGACGUGUCGGCCUGCGAGGUGUUCCGCUUCUACAAGCUCGUCACCCUGAAGGGUUUGAUUGAGCCCAUUUCCAUGAUCGUGCCGAGGAGGUCAGACACAUACCAGGAGGACAUCUACCCCAUGACAGCAGGAACAGAACCGGCGCUGUCUGCCAGCGAAUGGCUGAGCGGCAUCGACAGAGACCCAGUGUUGAUGUCUCUGAAGGAAGGUUACCAGCGGCCAAACCAGUUAGUGUUCAAGGCCCCAGUGAAGGAGAAGAAGAGUGUUGUGGUGAACGGCAUCGACCUGCUGGAGAACGUCCCACCCAGGACAGAGAACGAGCUCCUGCGGAUGUUCUUCCGGCAGCAGGACGAGCUCAAGCGGCUGAAAGAGGAGCUGACCACCAAGGACGUGCGAAUACGCCAACUGGAGCUGGAGCUCAACAACCUGAAGAACGUUAGCCCCAACAACGUGUGACCUCGCAGCCUCCGGGACUGACACAGCUGCU